AUGGCUUUUCAUACCUCGACCAAGAGGGAGGAGUUCAGUGGAACGAAAGUGACCCCCCCUUUCUCUUUCAUUUUCACUGACCACUGGUCCUCUCUUGUCGACGGUUUUCCAUAUGACCCUUUUCUCGAAUCCACCUCCGCCCCCCUCACGCCCAACCCUGCGGCGUCCACCUCACACAGCACUCUCCAUAAGAUCGCUGAUACUCAAUACGACAAGGGCGCCCAGGCCGAAGAUGGUGCCGCUCCCGGCGAUACCCCGAGUCUUGACCUUCACGAUGGGAUGUCGGAUAUCACCUCUACAAUCAUAUCCACUGCGGACGAAGAGCAAGCAUCGAACGCGGUCGCAGAUGAUAGUCCCCAGAGGUCUACAUCUUAUGGCAAAGUCUCGAUGGGCGUCAAAUCUAGCCGUGGCAGCCAACUAAAGUGCAAAUGGAAGCAUUGCGAAUAUUCGGGUGGAUUUUCUCAGAUGGGAGCCCUGCUACGCCAUAUCAAAACAAAGCACAUCUCACCGGGCUUAUAUGAAUGCCCCGAGGGGGAGUGCCGGAAGUCGUUCAACCGAAAGGACAAUUUGAUUGCGCAUAUCCGGAAUGUUCACCGCACAACCGCUUGA